CUCACUUGCCCGCGCACCCGACAAUGGCCGCAAAGGAGUACUACCAGCCGCAGGGCUACGGCCAGCAGCCGGAGCAGGGCGGCUACCCGCAGCAGAGCCAGUACGGCGCACCUCCUCCUGGCGGCGCGCAGCAGGACCGCGGCUUGUUCGGCGGCGGCGGGCAGCAGCAGCAGCAGGGUUACCCGCAGCAGCAGGGGUACGGCGGGCCGCAGCAGGGCUACUACCCGCCGCAACAGCCGCCCAUGGCGUACGGAGGAGGAGGGUACGGCGCGCAGCCGGGCUACGGCCAGCCGCAGAUGCAGCCUCAGGUCUAUGUCCAGCAGCCGCAGAAGAGCAGCGGCGGCGCAGGGGCAGCUACGGGCUGCUGUGCAUGCUUGGCCGGUGCCUGCUUGUGCUGCUGUGCAGAGGAGAUGUGCUGCGACAUGCUGCUGUGAGCGCGGCCGCAAGCCUAGCCGACCACCUCACCUCCCUCUCGCGCAUGCGCGCCGCAUCCCUUUACCCCGAGCCGCACCUUAAUCACGAGCCUGUAAUGCCACGAUCCUGUCGUCACACUUUC